CUGGGAACGUCAAAUGAACUUCCCAGUCGCUUGGACAUUACUGGAUAUUUCCCUGUAAUUAAGAAGAAGAGGUUCAGGAAAGAUGAAUAGCUCCUGCAUCAGCUGUCUGAAAAGUCUGGUGGUGUCUCUCCACUUCCUCUGCUGGCUGUGUGGAGCCUUCGUGGUGGCCUUCGGGGAAUUCCAGAUGAUGCACUCCAAGUUCGCCUCUCUGGUCACCACCUUCUGGCCCAUCUACCCAGCCAACACGCUCGUGGUGACGGGUACCAUCGUCACCUGCGUUUGUUACCUGGGAGUGCUGGGAGGCAUGAGGGAGAACCGCUGCAUGCUCAUCACUUUUUAUGUUCUACUGUUCAUCCUGAUGCUGGUGGAGCUGGCCAUGGCCUGUGUGUUCUUCAUCUACAACAGAGAGAUCGACACGUACUUUGAGAAGGACCUGACCCGCAGCUUGGAGGUCUACAUGGAGUCCGGCCCAGAGGGGAACAAAACCAUUAAGGAGGAUUUUGAUGCCGUCCAGUACCUGUUUAAGUGCUGUGGAGUUCACGGCCCAGAUGACUGGAGGGGGAAAGCUCCGCUGUCCUGCUGCACCAAGAAUCCCUGCAACAUUGCUGACCAGCCCAACUGGCAGGAGGGCUGCCUGGUGAAACUCAGGAACUGGUUUGCUUCAAACUACCUCAGCACUGCGUCAGGAGUGGUCACCAUGUUCAUGAUUCAGUUCGUGUGCCUGAGCAUCACUGUCCCUCUGUUCUGCCACUUCAGAAGAAGAGGACUGGGUUACAAGUGAGAAAACAUUCCAGCUUAGGAAAUCGUUCACGCCAACAAGGUCGUCUGGAUCCUACUGAAGUGGUGCCUGUCACCCAGAAAGAUAACACAUGGGAGGGAUGGUAGUAUGGUUCUAAUUAUUGUUUUUGAGUUUCCAGCAUGGCCCAUCCUCCAAAUGUCAUCACUUUGCUGAUUUAAAAAGCUCCUCUGAAAUGUAGCAGCUCUUCAUGCUGAAGCACAAAAUCAUAUUCAUGCCCACAGGUUUCAACAGAGACUUUGCUAAGAUGACUUUGAAUCUUGAAUUUUCUAAUCAGUUCUCACAGAGCAUUUCCUGGAUAUUAAACUUUUUAGAGGCCAAUGGCAAAUCCUGACAAGAGUCAACAUGACUUCCUCUCAGAUUUACUGGAAACCUGUCAGCUCCACCUGACUCAUUAUUGGCUCCUUCAGCUGGUCUUCUGUGUAUUAGUUUGGCAGCUCUUGCUCCUGAUUCCUAAACAAAUCUGAGACUGUGAAGUUCAAAGGUCACAGGAGUCUGUUGGACUUUGUUCAGUCUGAAAGGGCUUUUCAGGGUCUGUGUCAAACUGAUUAAAUGUCAUGGUUUUUUUUUUAUUUCUUAAUUGUCUGAAGCAUUAUUAUAAAAAUAUUAAAAGUUAGAUUAGUGGCGUGACUAUUAGAAAUGUCAUGUUUUAAUUUCAGUGUGUCUUUCUUUCAACCUAAAAGGUCCAGAUUGUUUUAUAGUUUUUCUCGAUUGUUUACAGACCUUUUCUGGAAGCACAUGUCAGAAGUUUUGACAGAAGUCAAAACACAGACCCCCACACACACUCGCACACACACACACACGCACAUUGUGAGCAUUCUGCAAAUUGAAACUUUACAUUCAAAACAAUGUUAUUUCUUCUCAACUCUGUAUUUUGUUUUCAGAUGUCACACACAAAUCGUCAUAUGAAAACACACUUCUAAGAACCAGAUGAACAGCAGCAGAACUGGUUCAGGAUUGGUGCAUGAGUUACAUAAUGUCUCAAAUACCAGUGUUUAUAUGUGAACUAUCAAGAAAAACUGUGAGUGAGGCUUUGUGCAGUUAUUAUCAAUAAUAAUUUUCUUACUUGUAGUAGACAAGAAGUCACUACAAGCUAAUAUAAGAGUGAAGAACUCUUCAGAGUUCCUGCUAGUCAGCAGGCCCCCAGUUUUCACAGCUAAACAUUCAUGUUGCUCUCAGGUUAAGCUGGUCGAUGUUGUGGCUGUAUGGAUCGGCUCCAAUAGCUGGGACUUGUCAGUCAGUUCUAAAUCUGCAAAGAAUUGAGUAAACAUUUAGAUUUUGAAUUAUGCUUUACCUGCUGACUGGAGAAUAUCAGACUGCAGAUUCAGUAAAAGUAUUUCUAUUUGAAGAAACUGAAGGUUUUCAGUGACAAUUUGAACAACUGUUUCUUGUGAAAGUGGAAACAUUUCAUGUCAGCUAGAGUUUUAUCCUAACACUCGUAUAACUUCAGCUAAUAGCAGAAGCUAUCUGGCUAGCCGUUAGCCUCCUAUCACUGAUGUUUGUCUACUACAUAUAUCUGAACCAUGUCUUUAAAAGAUUAUAUGUACCUCUAAGUAGUCUUAGAAAAAGGCAUAUUUUUGUCAUUACUGCACACAUGUUUUGCUGAUUUAAUUUGAUUUGGUGCAUCAAAAUGAACAGCUUCAUUCGACAGGACUCACUAUAAAACAGGAGUUUAACAGGCAGCUAAAUGGACUCUAUGCUUUGAAAUGUGGCUUGUUUUGUGUGACUGAGAUUAUGUUUAGAUUGUUAUUAUAUAGAUAAUCAGCAGAGGAAACUUGGCCUUGUCAGGUUUGAGCAGCUUCUGCUGAGCUGGAUCACAGAAAGACGUUCAGAGUGUCUGGCGACUGUCUGCCAUUUUCUGCUUACAGUCAGGUAAUAUUUUAACAAACACGGGAAAAAAAUAGCUUAGUAGUUUUAAAGAUAUUAGAUGACUGUUUUGUUCAUGGAACCCGUAUGUUGUUGGGACUCUUGUUUGUGUGAACAACCUGGUUAGCUAGCAGCCUGUCGGUGACGGGGAACCCGCAUGGGGCCCGAUGGCAACAGCAGGUGAUAGAAAGUCCUUAAUGAUGCGCAGGAGGCGUGACCAAAACAAAUAAAGAAGUAAAAGUCUCUCACUGAUUUCUUGCUUCGUCUCAGUGGCUUUGUGUCAUGGCUCUCCUAACAGACACAAUAUUCUUGAUUCGUCUUCAAAUGAAGAACUGUUUUUAUAGGAAAAAAAUAAAUAGUUGAAACCUGCAGACUUCUAAAGCCCUUCAAUAAAGAUGGACAAACAAGACACAUGCAGGCAGAGGUGGACAAAAUUAAUGUACACGAGUAAAAGUACAACAUGUGCCUUUUCAGCAAGAUAUGGGAACUUGUUAUAAGGAAAUAAUUCCUUAAUGUUGAUGGAAAGUAUUAGUUCUAUUGGCAGAUAAAUUUAUUUAUAAGACAGUUCCCCCAUGUUGUAAGUGAAAUAAUCAGCCAAUGGGAUUAAUACUUUUCAUCAAUAUUAAAGAUUUAUCUACUUAAAACAAGCCUUUUUCAUAUGCGUUUUUUUAAGUCAGUUGUAUCUUAAUUUAACUUGACUAAGGUAUUUGUGCUACUCCUCAGUUUCACAAAAGAAAUGAGAAUUUAUUGGUGUGAAAACUGUUUUAAAUUGAUGCAGCACCAUGUAAUCUGAUCAGUGUUUUGGCUGGUUUCAUAUCCAUAUCACUAAUGGAUAUGAUUUCAAAUGUAGCGAAGUAAAAUACUUUACUCAGAACACACUCAAGAAGAAGUAGAUGUUUAGGUUUUGUAAACUACUUUAAAACGUAAAAAAGUGCAGACAAAUUGUGUUAAAGUAAAGCGAGUGAACGUAACCAGUCCACAGUUGACUUUAAUUAUCCAUGGACAGAAUUAAAGCUGACACAUAUGUUGUAUUUAAAAAUUUGACAUUUCUCAAUAAUUUUGUCAAGUGAAACACUGAAAUGCAUCUGAAUAGACAACUGAAUGAUGCCAUAUUAUAAGGCUUCAACAAAAGAAUAAUAGUUUAUUUUUGCCAUGCAUUAAGUUUAUGAACAUGUUUUUAAUUGGGACGCUAUAAAGCUUAUCAUCCAAAUGUGCCCAAAAUUCAGUCCAUAUGAGGAACAACCACCAGGUGGCAGCAGAGGACGCCACAUUCGAACACUGUUGCUCAGUGCAGAAUGAAGAGCGACGGCCUGAGGAGCGACGCUUCAGGUGGAGAAGGCUUUAAGCUGCUGGCUGCUUCAUUAGCAUGUUGUUUGCUUUGUUACCAGAGAGCAGCUUAAAAUCAUUUACAACCAAAAAAAGAAAAACAAACAAACAAAAAAACAAAAACAACUGGGGAUUAGCUUGUAUAAUUUAUAUAAACUGUUCAAAUUAUUAUGAAGGUUCUCCUGCAUGUAAAUUAUUGCAGCGGUCCAUAUGACCAGUCAACAUGUCCAUGAAGAAAUUGAUCAACCCUGAACUGCGUUUCCUUUCACACUGUCUCCACCCAGA